AGCUUGCUACAAAUUGGAACCACACAUAUACUCAAAGUCUUCUUCACCUAGUCUUUCAAAACCCAUUCCAGUUCUCUCAAAACAAGAAAAAAAAGGAUCUGAAUUGGCUGCAUAUGGAGCUCUUGUUUCUGUUCUGUAAUGCAUAUUAUAGAUCAAAUUCAAACACAUCCAAACCCACCAAUUUCCAUCCACCAGAAACAGGUUGAAUCUCUCACUCAAGCAGUUACAUCCCUGCAACAUUUUCUUGAAAGCUAUUCUCCCCAUGUUGGUUACACCGAAGAGGAAGAUAUCUGGGAGAGUCGCAUUGCUGAAGCAGCUUACGCUGCUGAAGAUGUGAUCGAGUCCUAUAUUGUCGAUCAAAUUCAUGCUCAGUCAGAAAUUGAUGUACAACACAUAAGCUCACCUGAAUUCUAUCAAGGUCUACAGAAGGUGAUAGAAAGCAUGAAUUUGAUCAAGAUUGAGAUUGAUGAGAACAUGGUAGUCCAAGAUCAGCCUCACAUCAUGAAAUCUGUUACUCCUGCAGGCUCGUCUAGAUCUACUUCCACUGCUAAGAAUGUCACCAUGAUUGGUUUUGAUGAUGUCUUGGCUCAGAUGCUGGACAAGAUCACCGGAGGAGGAUCCGCUCGCCAAAUUCUCCCGAUCGUUAGAAUGGGUGGGAUAGGCAAGACCACUCUUGCUCGGAAUAUCUAUGUAAGUCCACUUGUCACGGAAUCUUUUGGUGUUUGUGCAUGGUCUACAAUUUCCCAAGAGUAUGAUGCAAAAGAAAUUCUUAGACAAGUUCUUGCUCAAGUAGUGACAAACUCAUGUUUUCAUCGGUUUAAUUGGCUUGUUGAAGUACUAAAUGCCGAGUUUUCACUCUGAUUAUCUAAUCCUAGUCAUUUAUUCUAUCAUUUGGGGUUUUAUUGUUUGUUGAGUGUUUUAGGCAAAAACGGAUAAAGAAGGUGAAAAAUCGAUUGGGGAAGCUAAGAGGGCAGCAAGGAGACAGAAAAUAUCACCCGGCCGGGUGGAUUUAUAGAGACAAAACUAUACCCGGCCGGGUACUAAUUCGCAGUCCAGCGAGGGGCCUAAAAGUGUCACCCGACCGGGUGUUUUCAGUUCAUUAAUCCACCCAGCCGGGUCCGUCUAAUCAGUGAGCGUUUUUCGCUGUUUACACGAUUUUCGAAGAAGAGAAGAAAAAGGGAAUCUAGGUUUUAUAAUGCAACAUUCCAUCGCCUCCAACAGAUUCCACACUUCCCCAAGAACACCUUGAAGAAAGAUUUGAAGAUUGAAGACUACAAAUCGAGAGAUUGGAGUCUCUAAUCCGUAGAAUCAUUCCACAGGAGUAUUUAUUUGCUUUCUUUAAUGUAUUUGAUUGAAUCCAUUGUUUUGGUUUUCAUGAAGAACAUGAGUAGCUAAUUUUAUUGUGGAGUUUUGGUGAA